CGUCGGGACGGCGAAAGCGAGCAGACAGAAGCCGACACCAUGUCUCUCUGAUGGCGUCCCCGCGUCUCUCUCGUCCCACUACGCGCGGACACGCAGGUGCCGCCGCCUUCUCUCCCACUCCCACUACCACCUCCACCUCCACGCCGGGAUUUUACGCGCCGCGGUGAGAAGAAAAGAUGGCCAGUGAGACGAGGAGUGGGUUUUUCGCGCGGCCGCGCGUGAUGGCGUGACUUUUCUUCCCGGCACUCACAAUUCCUGCCAACCAUGGCCGACCAGUACAGUAUGUUUCUCACCACGGCGCCGCCCCUACGGCGCGGGAGCACGCCCCUCCCUGUCAAGCACCAGCUGCGGAGGGAAGAGGCCGUGUCUGAGGACUGCGAUUGGAUCCCGGGUCUGGAGGAGCCCGCCACCUUGCCCGUGCUUCGCGAUGAAUCCUUCGGCCAACCGUCGGCGGCCCAGACCGCCUACCACAGCCACGGUGGCACUCUGAGGAUCGUGCUACUGGGUCAGAACGGCGUGGGCAAAUCGUCGCUGGCCUUGUCGCUGGCCGGCCAGUCAGACAGAUCCCUCUCCAUAGACUCUGAGACCCAAGCAUGCGGGGAAGGCUACGAGUGUUCCGUCACAGUCGACGACGAGGACAGCAAAGUCAUCAUUUUUGACAACUGGAAACAGGACCUGUCCACUCUGAAGUGUGACGUGUGCGUCCUGGUCUUCUCCGUGACCGACAGGCGGAGUUUCCAUCGCACCGCACAGCUCCGCCUCCUCCUCAGGGAGUCCCAGCCUCACAUGCCAAUCAUCCUGGUGGGCAACAAGAGCGACCUCGUUCGCUCCCGUGAGAUAAGUGCAGAGGAGGCCCAGUCCAGCGCCAUGAUGUACGACUGCCACUACCUGGAGCUCUCCGCCUCCCUGGAGCACGGCACCAACGAGCUGCUGGAGGCGGCCGUGCGCACCGCUAGGGGCGACUGCGUGGGCCCCGACUGGGCUGAGGGGGGCGAGCCCGGCUCGGGCCGCAGGGAGAGCCUGACCAGCCGGGCCAAGCGCUUCUUGGCGGGGCUGGUGCCGCGAUCGUACGGCCGCGAGCGCGAGCGGGGACGCUACCGGGAGAUGAGCCGCCACCGGGGCAGCAAGAUCUUCCGGCAGAAGUCGCGCUCCUGCCACGACCUCAGCGCACUGUGACGUUACACACACACACACACACACACACACACACACACACACAAUUGAAAGGUAUGCCGGAAGUGUGGACUGUCCGAUGGAGGGUUGUGUUCAUGCACAGGCUUGCAUAGACUCAUGCCCCCCAACCCCCAACCAUCUUAAUCCAGCCUUACAUUUACGGGUGCCUAAUGUUGGUUUAUUGUGAGGUGCAUCGAUAUUAAGGAUGGAUCAACUCAGCUCGAACACAACCCCAAAUCCGAAAUGUUGCAACGGUACCAUACCAUACCAACUUUAGCUGUGGCUAUGAAAGUAGCUUACCACCACCAGGUGUGAAUGAAUGAUGGGUUCUACAUGUAAAGCGACUUUGGGUACUUAGAAAAGCGCUAUAUAAAUCCCAGUUAUUAUUAUUAUUAUUAACUUUGGUGCUGUCAAAUUAAAAAAAAAAUCUGAAUAAUCAGACUUUUAAAUGUAGAUUAAUCAUGAUUAAUUAAACUAAGUAACACUAAGCCAGGUUUGCAUAAUUUAAUCAACUUAAUAUUUGGACACAAAUGCAAUUUUACUGUCAGAAUGUCAGACAGGAACAUUUUUUAGAUUUUUAAAAAUCUAUACACAAUUUAUGUGAGAAUAUUUUGUGAUUAAUCGCAUGAGUUAACUCAUUAAAUUUGACAGCCCUAAUUUUGUAAUUUAAUAACCGUGUUUUAUACUAAAAACCAUCAAUUUUUACGAGAUGCGGCACAUGAUUUUUCGACAUCUUUACAUACAACCUAAUAAAUAGUGUGCAGUGUAAAACAUUAAAUGACAAAUAAUAUAGCGCUGUCAAACAAACAUUUUUAAUCAGAUUAGUCACACUUUUGCAUUUUGAUUAAUCAAAAUUAAAUGAAAUUUACUUAAAAAAAACAAAAACAAUAUUUUGACACGAAUUGAAUGUUAUUGUAAGAAUUUCAUACAGGAACAUUUUUUAAUAUUGAUUAAUCACAUAAAUUAACUAAUUAAAUAUGACAGCUAUUGACAUUUAAUUAACAUUUCAAAUAAUCAAAUUUAUGAUUUAUUAAGCUAUGUUUUGGGGUGUGAAACUUAAUUUUUGACAUCUUUACAUAAAACCAUAACCUAAAAAAGUGUACAUUAAAUUGUUUACUAGUUUGUUGUAUGAAACAUGUAUAAUAAAUGACAAAAUAAUUUUUAAAAAUUUGUGCUGUCAAACAAACAUUUUGAAUCAAAUUAUAUACAUUUUUGCAUUUUGAUUAAUCGCAAUAAAUUACAGUAAGUUUUUUUUAAUAACCUAAUAUUUUGACACAUUUAAUUUUGUUAAGAUGUCAUAUAGGAUUUUUUUUUAUUUUUUUUACUCAAAUGCGCAUCAUAUACAUGAUUAAUGCGAGCAUUCUUUGUGAUUAAUCACGAGUUAGCUCAUUAAAUUUGACAUCCCUAAUUUGUUAUUUAUUAAACAUAUUUUAAACUGUGAUUAAUCACAAUGACUGCUCGCAUUUAUCAUGUAUUUGAUGCGCAUUCGAAUAAAACAUUUAAAAAAUGUUUCCUAUAUAUAUUAAAUAGAAAAAAAAAUUGUGCUAUCAAAUGAUGACAUUUUUAAAUCGAAUUAAUCAAAAUUUUGCAUUGUGAUUAAUCAGAAUUAAUUCCGGUGAAUCGCAUUUGAUACUUUGAAGCAAAUUACAUUUUAUUGUCAGAAUGUCACAGAUGAACAUUUUUAGAACAUUUUACUCAAAUGCCCCACAUUUAUUUAAGCAAAACUUGCCAACAGUUUUAUCUAAAGUCCAGUCAGGGUGUAGUAGGAACUGAAAUUGACCAGUUUGAGUCUUUUUUAGUCUGCUUUUCGGGUAACCACCGGUAAAGGAGCAAAUAAAUUGCGCGAUUAAUCGCUGUAUGACAUGAUGUUUUGUGAAUAAUCGCGCGAGUUAAACCGUCGACCCUGACAGCACCGAACAAAAACAUGUUACACAGGACACAAAACAAAAACGGCACCUUAUUUCAUGUUUCACCUCAGGUUUUUGAUUCAGAUUAUGGUGAUAUAUCUGACCAAAAAAGUAUUACGGCAUUCCCUUUGUUGGUUCAGGAGUCUUUACAGUAUUUGGAAAAAAAGAAACCUGUUGUGUACCAGUCUAAGUCCAGUCCUGGUCAAAAGUCUUGAGUUUCCAAUCAUUUCUACAACUCUUAUUUUUUUGUGAUUGGAGCACAUACUUGUUGGUCACAAAAAACAUUCAUGAAGUUUGCUUCUUAAUAUUUAAUAUUUGCUUACAUGACCCUUGGCAAGUUUCACUGCAAUAAGGCGCUUUUGGUAGCCAUCCACAAGCUUCUGCUUGAAUUUUUGACCACUCCUCUUGACAAAAUUGGUGCAGUUCAGCUAAAUUUGUUCGACUUGUUUCUUCAGCAUUGUCCACACGUUUAACUCAGGACUUUG